AUGGCUAGGCUUCCGGAAAUAGAACUCAAAGAGGACCAACUAGAAUUCAAGAAAUAUGAGCCCACGAUUGCGGGAGUGCUCGGCAUGGUAGCAGAUGUUGAGAAGACAUGCAGAGUAAGAGGAAAGAAGGGGAGAGAGGGAAAGCGAUGGGCUAGUUUCAUAGACUGCGCAAUGACCAUAAUCAUCAAGCUCUCUCCACAAUCGUCGAGCACAUCGCCGGCUGCGAGACGGAAAUGGUGUGUUUUCAGAACCGAAGAGAUGCAACGCGCCAUCGCAGACCUGUACGCCCACAUUUUCCUGUUCCUAAACGACACCUUGACGUUUUUCACAAAGAAGCAUUGCAGACUUCUCUUUGAUUCCAUGAACGACAAGUUCCUCCAAGUGUUCAAUGCCGAGAUCGAAAACAUCGUCCGAAUGUCUGAGCGAAUCAAGCGCAAAGCAACUCAAAUGUCCAAGGCAGAGCAACGCUUCACUAGAUUGACGCUUGAAGAGAGCAGUAAAGAUCUGAGGCUUGGGUUGGAAGGGAUUUGGAAUGAUAAUGCAGAGAUGAAGUACUACGCGCUGCAGUUUGCGGAUCGCCGGAUCAAGCUGCUCACGGACACCGCUCAGUCCAACAUCGAGAGCAUCCCUGCCUUGGCAAUCGAAGGUGGUUCUUCGAGUGACAAGCGUCGAUCAACGAUCCGAAGUGUCUCUGGUGAGGACGCGAUGGUAAGCCGAGACCAGCUUCUCCUCGCGACCACGUGCGGCUAG